AUGGCUUCUAAGUCCAACAAAACAAGGCUUAGGCUUUGUAGUUUUGUCUAUGAAGGCAUGAAGGAUCGCAUGGAAAGAUUUGCUGUUCUUCCUUUUGGCAUUGGCUGCACUUCUCAGUCCAGCGUUGCCAUUGGCACAAGUGAUGAUCAAACAAGAAAAUCAAAAGCAGAAACACGAAACCCACCUCCACAUGUAACAAACGAUGGAAACGCACAAGGAGCAAAAGCGAAGAACACUUAUCGUUUUCUGAAUCUUAGGAAGAGUCACAUUUCCAGUGGAUUUGAAAGAUUGAUCAGAAGCAUCAAAAGUUUGUCUCAAAUAUUUGUUUACAAGGAAGAUAUUGAGGAAGAAGAGGAGAGAGAGAUGGAAAUUGGGUUGCCUACAGAUGUGAAGCAUGUGACACACAUAGGAUUGGAUGGGUCAACAACUACCAAUACAAACGGACCCAUAAAAGGCAGCUGGGAAAACUUCAACAAUGCUCCAGAGAUACUCUCUUUCCCUUCAAUUUCUUUAAAGCAGUUCGAGUUCGCCAUGGCUGCACAGACCACCCACCAGCCUCAGCCGCUCCUUGUUGAUGAUCUAAACACGCCCACAGAUGUUAACUAA